CUACCGAUGAGGAAAGGGCCUCUACAGCAUUUUUGGCAUCCUCUUGCGAGUUGAAUUCGCUCAGUUGCAUCGCCUCCUCCUCCGUCUCUUUGGCUGUCGUGGCUGCCAGAAAGAGCGUUCGUGGUAAGUCUUGA